AUUUAACGAGGAAAAUUAUAGAUAAAUUAUCAAAAAUCAUUAAUUCUGAAGAUAAACUUAGGUCAAAGCUAUAAUCUUUCGGAUGAUUAGUCAUAUUUAGAUGAUUAAAAUAUUUACGUAACGAAACGAAGUAAUGUUGACGAAAAUCUAAAGUCCCACCGUAGUGGCAGUGGCUGUAGGCUGUAGAGUAAAAAUAACUGUAAAUUAAUCAAAAAAAAAAAUAACAACAACCAAACCUAGGUGUAAAUAAUUUUCAUUUCAACAAACUAAAAUCGUAUGAACAUUCGAUUAACAUCGCGCGUAAAAAAUAUAAAUCGUAAUGUACCGGUGUGGCAUCAUUAUACUAUUACCUACCUAUAAUAUAUUUCAUAUCAAUCAAUCGACCAUCUAAUGUAAAUUCUUUUCGAAAUCUAAUAAAUUUUAACACUUCUUGGUCAGUGGUUUUCUCUGUUUUCGUUCGUCUGUAGUCGGUAUACUGAUCGGGCCAUUGUACACAUCAGACAACGCGUCAAUACCUAACCGAUCGAACAUCAUGAACGUUGUUCGGUCGCCGACGGCAGUCCGGAUGCUGCGAAACGGGCCGGCUGGCCGCGUUCGUCGUCGACUUUACGCUUCUUCGUCGACGGUCAUCGCAACGACAGCGACACAGCGAGACGACCACCGCAGUCGGCUGCAGAAACCCGACUGGAACCGAGCUGUGUCCGAGGCCGAGAAGAUCGUCGGCUACCCGUCGUCGUUCCUGAGCCUCAGGUGGCUGCUCAGCGACGAGAUAGCCAAUGUCGCGCUGCACCUACGCCGCAUGGUCAGCUCCAACCACCCGCUACUGAAAAUGGUCAAAGGGUUGUUGUACAAUGGCCAGAGUAACAUGCAAGCUUGGGGGCUUAUCGUGCUACUCGUGUCCAAGGCAGCUGGUCACAUCAAAGUGGAAAGCUCGGCGGACGAAGACCAGUCGGGUGUCUUGCGUAGUCAAAGGGCUCUGGCCGAGAUCGCAGAAAUGAUCCGCACUAGCCACCUGAUGCACAACGGUCUCAUAAACAUAUACCCAGAAAUGUUUCCUAAUGAAUCCAUCGACCACGAAGACAUGAGCUUCGGCAACAAGAUUGGCUUGCUCAGCGGCGACUAUCUGUUGGCCAACUGCUUCUACGAACUGUCGAUGCUCAAAAACCAAAACCUCAUGGAACUAAUCAGCAGCGCCCUGCGUGACCUGUCCGAGGCCGAGUUCGUGGGUCGCAGAGACUCACAAAAUAAUCCACUGCCGUCGCCGUUCGAACCGCUCGACCGAAAGCUCGGCUCGGCCCGGCUGCGGUUCAACCCGCUCCAAUUGUCCGGACAACUGAGGGGUGGCAUGCCGCUCACGCCCGCCCUGCGUGACUGGACCAGACGCAACGUACUGUCAGCCGGCAGCCUGCUUGGAAAGACUUGUCAGGGCGCGCUCCUAUUGGCCGGCCAUAGCGAACAGUUGCAGAAACAGGGCUUUUUGUUCGGUAAACAUCUGUCGCUAGCUUGGCAGGCAUAUUUAGAUUUGGAACCAUUUUUGUCUGAUUCACCAUGCUCGCUGGGAAUCUCUUUCAACCUCACUUCAGCGCCAGUUCUGUUCCACCUUGAGCACGAUUCGUCAUUAUUUAAAGAAAUCGACAAGGGCAUUGAUUCUAUUCAAGACGUCGACUAUGUCAAAGUGCACGAUGUCGUAAUUAAAGGUCCAGGAAUUAAUUACACGAAACAAUUACAAAAGGAGCACUCAGAAAAAGCAAUGGAAGUAUUGAAUGUUUUCGAAGAAAGCGAUGCCAGAACAGCGUUAUCCAACAUAAUUGUCGCUAUGGACCGGGAAUAAGGUAUCCUAAAUUCCUAACCGACUCAAAAUUGGUUAAACAAUCAUAAAAUAAAACUAUAGUUAUACAGUGGACUUCAUGAUUCAUAUAUGAACAUGAGCAGAACAAAUAUAAAUUGAAGUUAGGCAAUGUAUUAAAUGUUAAAUGUAUAUAAUUAUUAAUUAUUAUAAAUACUUCUAUCUUAUAUUAAUUUAAAUUUUAUUAUUAUAUUAAUUUAGUUAUUUCGUAUUAUUCUAAUUUAAACUAGUUGAUUCUGACUGUACCUUUAGAUGUCUAAUAUUUAUAAGACUUAUUUUAACUGUCCCCACUCUAUGAUUACAGUAUUAUAUAGGUACACCGCCGUGUUUGAUCCCAUCAUCGCAGUUAUCGAAAUAACUUUUUUCUAACUUAUUAUUAUCUUAAAUCUGAAUUUUAAAUAAAUGCCUGUUGGUUGUUUUUACAUUUAUAUAAGUACAUUAAUUACGGUAUAAAUAAAAAA